GCUCUGUAGCUCUUUCUGCUUUUCUCCGCGGAUCACAGCGGAUGGAAAUCUGGCGUUAUGCGCUCUGAAAUGUGACCUUGCGCUACGACCAAAAAAAGGGGGAAAAAUACAUUUCGACUUAACCAUCAGUGGAAAAGGGAUACUGUUGCUCUACAGGAUCACAAACAAAUGUGAAAGAGAGGGGAAAGUCAAGAAACAGGCACACUGACCUUGUGUGGGGUUUUGUUGUUUGUAUAAAGCUGUUUAUCGUGUGUCUUGUCCGUCAUGAACAUGGAUGAGGACAACAGCGUACCUGAAGAUCUCUCUCUAGCAGAAAGGAAUGAACUGUCCAACAUUCGACGAAGGAAAAAAGAACUACUAGAUGACAUUGAACGGUUAAAGUUUGAGAUCGCAGAAGUGAUGACAGAGAUUGAACAUUUAACGUGCAUCGGCGAGACAAAGACUACUCAGAGGAAUAAACAGAUGGCUAUUGGACGAAAGAAAUUCAAUAUGGAUCCUAAAAAGGGAAUCCGGUUUCUUUUGGAUAAUGACCUUUUGCUACAAACACCUGAGGACAUUGCACAGUUCCUGUACAAAGGAGAGGGCUUGAAUAAAACAGCCAUUGGAGACUAUUUAGGGGAAAGAGAUGAUUUCAAUAUCAGCGUUCUGCAGGCUUUUGUGGAACUUCAUGAGUUUGCAGACCUCAACCUUGUGCAAGCUUUACGGCAGUUUCUGUGGAGCUUCAGACUCCCGGGUGAGGCUCAGAAGAUCGAUCGGAUGAUGGAAGCUUUCGCAACGCGAUACUGCCAGUGCAACCCGGGUGUCUUCCAGUCCUCAGACACAUGCUACGUCCUGUCAUUCUCCAUCAUUAUGCUCAAUACCAGUCUGCACAACCCCAAUGUCAGGGACAAGCCCACUGUUGAGAGGUUCAUCUCUAUGAAUCGGGGCAUCAAUGAAGGUGGUGAUCUGCCAGAGGAGCUACUAAAGAAUUUAUAUGAAAGCAUUAAAAACGAGCCCUUCAAAAUCCCAGAAGACGAUGGCAAUGAUCUGACACACACUUUCUUCAAUCCAGACAGAGAAGGAUGGUUGCUGAAGCUAGGUGGAAGAGUGAAGACGUGGAAAAGGAGAUGGUUCAUUCUCACUGAUAACUGCUUGUAUUACUUUGAAUACACAACGGACAAAGAGCCUCGAGGGAUUAUACCACUGGAGAAUCUCAGUAUAAGAGAUGUGGAUGAGCCAAGGAAACCAAACUGCUUUGAGCUCUACAACCCUAGUCAUAAAGGUCAGGUGAUCAAGGCGUGUAAAACAGAGGCAGACGGGAGAGUUGUGGAGGGGAACCAUGUGGUGUACAGAAUAUCAGCCCCAACUCCUGAGGAAAAGGAGGAGUGGAUCAAAUCCAUCAGGGCCAGUAUCAGCAGGGACCCUUUCUACGAGAUGCUGGCAAGCAGAAAGCGGCGUGUUGCCACUAAGAAGUGACAGCAGGAUGAACUUUGCCGGGGCGCUGAUCUCUAACAGAGAGUCUAUUGUCUGCUACAGGGAAGCGUAUAAAAUCACUCGGGAACCUGAAGGAGUCUAGCUGCACAACACAGAGACCUCCAGUCUAAGCAUUAUAGGCUCUCAGCAGUAAAACAGUUUAUUGUUGGUGCAUUCUUAAAGUGGUUUGAUCUGCUGAAAGGUUUCAGUCUUCACCAAAUGUUGGUGACAAAAUGGACUUUUCACUUGUGGUGUGACUUUCAAUUGUAAAGUUUAAAGGAUAGCUGCCAUUGUGACAGCCUUCUUUAUGUACACGAUAUAAACUCCUAAGGCUCAGCUGCAGAAUGAAAUACACUGACACUACUGAAGAAUCAGUACCACACUGCCCUCUAUUGAUCAACUGCAGCAAUUACCACGUUUUAUUAUUAUUACAUUGUACUGAAAAUUGAAUUCUCUAUUACAUGGCCAUUAACAUAUUAAGAACUAUUUUGCCUUAGAAUAUAUACUGAUAGCAGUGCAAACUGCAAAUUUUUGGACAUUUUCCCUAAAUUGGGUUGACUUUCCAUAAAUGAAUGUAUUCUAUUAUUUAAUGAUCAUAGAUAUUUUAUGUGAUCCAAAUCAGCAGGACUGAUUAUGUAAAAUUUUGCAAUACUAGUAUUCUCUGUUGUUUUUAACAUUUUUUUAAAAGUCAUAUAGGAAAUGAAGGAUGUUUCUCUUGUGUAUGUGAUGCCUUAAAUAUUAAAGGACUUUAUCAAUG